AUGUUUUCGAAUUCUUACGGUGCUUUGAUGAUCGAAAACAUCGAUACAUUCCAACGUUUCUCGAACUUGAUUUCAAUCGGAAUGACAAUGGGGAAAGGAUUUGAAAUUGCUGACCAUCUACUCGAACCUAGCCAACUGAAGGUAUUGAAAAACGAGUUAUUCAAUGUGCCGAGUUUAACGUAUUUGAACAUUCUUUACGUAGAAUUCAAUUCGAAAAACCGUAAUUGGAUAUUACCCGCAUCUUUGCAAAAUUUACGGAUACUGAAUUCGGUUAUUGAAUACGACCUGACGAAAUGUACUCAAUUGGAAACGUUGCAGCUGACUCAUAAUAAAUUAAUGAAAAUGCCUAUCUUAUCGAAUCCGCCUCCACCGUUGAAGGAAUUGAAUUUGAGGAAUAAUCCUUUGCAAGAGUUCACGUUGAAUGAUAUAGCCGGUUAUUGCGAUCUACGAAGCCUUAGCUUGGAUCAGGGGAAUAUGAGUUUUUGCGAAUGCUUCAGACUGAUUCAAUGGAUAAGGAAGAACUUGAAGGAAGUUGACGGGUUUAAAUUCAAUGGCGCAUUGGAAUGUGAGCAUGGUGAAGGUCUUGAUUGCUCAAUUUAUACUUUGCAAGAAGCUGAUAUCUUGAGACAAAAAUGUGUCCAAAGAAAAGUUUGGAAUGUGAUUCUUUGGUUGACUGCUAUAUUUGCCGCUAUCGCGGUCAUGAUUUUGGCGUGCUUUUUCAUCAAUUACAAGCUCAUCGAGACGAGGAUGAAGGAAAUGGGUCGAUCUGGUGAAGAAUGAUCUCUUGGACGCUGUAUCAAGAGUGGAGAAGAUCGAAGAAAACUUAUGGUAUUUUGAAAGUGUCAAUGGCUGGCCCAUGAUAUCUCGAUUGAUCGAGAAAGAAUCGAUUAAUUUUUAUGAAUUGCUGAAUAACGUUGGAAAAUUUUUUUAAAUAAAUUAAUUUUUAUGAAACUGGUUUUCCUACUCAAUUGGUCGUUAUAAAG